CUAUCCCACCUGCGGACACACACAGAUAACAGAUUGCAAAACACCGGCAGAGUACAACUUGUUACUAUUUAUGAAACAAAAUCUGAUCGAAAAAUCCAGACAAAAAGAAAAAUCCGAAACAAAAAAAAAAAGAAAAUUCUUGCCCCCACGCACAGGUCUCUUUCCUUAAACCCUUCUUCAAAUUUCUCUUUCCGAUUUAGGGUUUCUUUUAUUGGUUCUCGAUUUUGUCGCAGCAUGAACAUAGAACUACAUAACUAAGCAAGAUGCUUGCAAAGGGAUAUGUGUCAGAGCAGAUCUUUGGCCAGAUACAAAUUCAUCCUUUCUCAAAAUCAAGUCUCUCCCAGUUGGGAGGGAACGCUUCACAUCAGUACCAUGUAAAUGACCUGAAUGGUGGUCAGAUUGACUGGCGUAAAGAUCCCAGAAUCAGUUGCUUUCGUGAUUUGGUUAGAAACAGAAUUGCUGAAAGUUGUGAAUUGGGAACAAAUUAUCAAUGGCAAGAACAAGCAUCUAAUCUUGUAAAUAGCUUAGAAAACCAAUUGUUUAUGGAAGCUUCUUCAAAGGAGGAGUAUAUGAAUCAGGAUGUGCUGAGACAGCGGUUACAGUGUCUAUUGAAAAAGAUGAUGGUUGAUUUAAAUUGCAGCCAACUAGCAUGCAGCUACACUGGACCCACAUUCGAAGUGAUGCCAACCUUGGGUUUGACUCAUGGUUUCAAUUCAGCAACAGUACCUCCUUUUGAUCGGUUCACCAUUGAUAUUGUUGACCACAACUCGAUGGUGGCUGACAAUACUGAUAAAUUUAGCUUCCUAAAAGGAUUACUGGAUGGGAACAAGCCAGAAGUUGCAAACAUGUGCACUGAUUCAAACAUGAGGCAGAUUUCUAAUGAGAUGCUUCUUUCUUCUGAAAGGAGUUCUACCGUUCCUACAUUUUCUGAACUGAGUUCUACCAUCACUACAAGUUCACAUGGGGAAGGUUUUUCGGAGUUUGAAACUUUUGAUGGUGGAUCACUCUUUUCCAGGGGAGACUAUCAAUAUAGUUUGGAGGCGUCAUCCAAAGACAGUGUUCAACGGCAACUUCUUGCUCACGGUGUUGCAAAUAACCAGAAUGAAGUAUUGAGGUUUUCAUCUACACUGAGUGAAAGCUCGGAGAUACCGAAUUCAAUCUUGCAGAUCUCGGAACAUGCUCCCCAAUUAAUUUCUGGAGACUCUAUUUUUCCUAGUAUGGAUAUUGGCAUGAUGAAUUCAACUGUUGAUCGGGUACUCCAACCUAAAUUGGAGAUCCUAGAGCAGAAACAACAGCAAUCUUAUUCAUCAUACAAGCACUUACAUAAAGCAUUGGAGGAUGAAACACCUUGUUACUUUUCUGAAAAAAUAGCUAGUAAGCAUUUUCAGUUCCCAUCUGAACAGUCACAUGGAAUCCAUGUUGCUUCAGAAAGUUCUUCCCUUGCCAUUUCAAAGGGAACUGCCGGCCUGGAAAAAUCAAGCAACGAUUCUUCUGUUGAACAAAGGAUUUUACUUGCUUAUGUCAGCCACAAGAGUUCAGCAAGUUCCAGGGGGGACUGUAUGGUUUCUUUUGUUAACCACUUGCAUUCAACUAUGUGCAAUAAUUGCAUGUGCUUGUGUGAACGUUUUUUUUCCCUCCUGUCACAUUUUGAUAACUGUCACAGUGCUGACUGCUAUAUCUGUAGUCCUGUCCGAUAUCAAAGUAAUGUGAGUAAAUGUCACCAAAAUUUUGAAAAUAUGAACAAUGGCCUUUUGAGCAAUUCCAGCAAUAUUCCUGGUGGUGGUUCUGGCUUUUGCUCUUCAGAAAUCAUGCUGCCACUGCCACCCGCAAAACGUUUGAAGCGCAGCUUGCAGUGUUCCGAAAACUCGUUGCCUCCUUCAAAGGAUCUGAAGAUGGAGAAGUCCUCUUGUUUGCCAUCUGAAAAUAGAUUUGCUUCUGUAUUGGCACCAUUAUUGGCUCAUCCCUUUGAUCCAGAAGGACUUCCACCCUUGCAGCAAUUGCCUGAAUCUCCUGUAUCUAUUAAUUCUGAGGUUCUGGAGGGGACAGUUGAAUUAUCAAAGCCCAUGCGAAAUUCUUCAAAUGCUGAUCAGACUAGGCAAAGUGCAGGUAAUGAGUUUUCUAAACUCAGUGAUGAGAGUUCGGGUACUCCUGAAGAACCAAGUAUUGGUCCCAAAGCUGGGAAGAUAGACCCUAGAAGUUUUAGUGUGAUUGCAGAUGCUGUAAAAGAUGAACCUCAUGAGUUGAGGUUUGAUACCUCAUCAGCACUCUCUGAAGAGCUUGGAUCCACUUCUAAAGAGGAAGUGAUACAAGUAAUGCCUAAUUGUGACCUUACCAAGCUAGAUAUUGAGACUGAAAAGGAAGAUGUGAAGCCAAACCCAAAAGUACGAGGUGUUUCCUUGAUUGAAUUUUUCUCAGCAGAUGAAAUAAGGGACCAUAUAUCAAGCCUUCGGCGGUGGAUGGGUCAGAGAAUAUCAAAGGAAGAAGAGGAAAAACAAGGAGUGCAUUGUGCCAAUGAUAAUACAUGUCAGUUGUGUGCAGCAGAUAAGCUUUUACUUGCUCCAGUUCCAAUAUAUUGCUCAUCUUGUGGUUCUCGUAUCAAGCGAAGUGUGAUUUAUUAUAGUACCUCAGAGGAAAAUGGUAUGCGGCAUUGUUUUUGUACAUCAUGUUUUAAGUGUCGAGGUGGGCAUGUCAAAUUCCAUGGGAUUACUAUUCCCAAGGCAAAGCUGGAUAAGAAGAAGAAUGAUGAAGAAAUUGAGGAACCGUGGGUCCAGUGUGACAAAUGUAAAGGUUGGCAACACCAAAUAUGUGCUCUCUUUAAUGAUAAAAGAGACAUGGAAGGGCAAUCUGAGUACGUAUGUCCCAAAUGCUGCUUGGAAGAGAUUGAAAGUGGAGAAUAUAUGCCAGUACCAAAUACUGCUGUUUUUGGUGCAAAAGAUUUGCCUAGCACUCUGCUGAGUGAUUACAUACAGCAAAGGCUCUUCAGGCGUCUUCGGCAAGAGAGAGAGGAGAGAGCAAAGGUUUCCAGAAAGAACCUUGAUGAGGUUCCUGCAGCAGAAGAUCUUAUUGUCAGGGUGGUGUUAUCUGUUAAUAAACAGUUGAAAGUGAAGCAACAGUUUUUAGAAAUGUUUCAUGAUGGCAAUUACCCUGAAGAAUUUCCUUACCAAUCAAAGGUUAUUCUUUUGUUCCAGAAGAUUGAAGGAGUUGAUAUAUGCCUUUUUGGCAUGUAUGUACAGGAGUUCGGUUCGGAGUGCAGUCAGCCAAAUCAUCGUUGUGUUUAUAUCUCAUAUCUUGAUUCUGUCAAAUAUUUUAGGCCAGAGGCAGAAACAGCAGUUGGAGAAGCCCUUCGUACAUUUGUUUACCAUGAAAUUUUGAUAGGAUAUCUCGAAUACUGUAAGAAACGAGGUUUUGUGGCAUGCUACUUAUGGGCUUGCCCCCCUUUGAAGGGAGAAGAUUAUAUCUUGUAUUGCCACCCAGAGACUCAGAAAACGCCAAAGUCUGACAAGCUGCGACAGUGGUAUCAUUCAAUGCUAAGAAAAGCAUCCGAAGAAAACAUUGUGGUUAAUUUCACUAAUCUAUAUGAUCACUUCUUUGUUCCUACUGGGCAAUUAUACUCCAAGGUAACAGCAGCUCGUUUGCCGUAUUUUGACGGGGACUAUUGGUCUAGUGCUGCUGAAAAUGUCAUAAAAAAUAUAGAGCAGCAAAAUGAAGAACAUUCAGGGAGGAAGAUGAAGAAAGUAAUGACAAAGAGAACUCUAAAGGCCAUGGGCCAUACAAAUCCUUCUGGUGGUGUUACUAAAGAUAUUCUACUGAUGCAAAAAUUAGGGCAAACUAUUUCUCCUGUUAAGGAGGACUUCAUUGUUGUCCAUUUGCAAUUUGUUUGCACGUAUUGCCACGAAGUUAUAUUAAAUGGAUGGCGAUGGUGUUGCAGCAGGUGCAAAAAUUUUCAGCUAUGUGAAAGGUGUCAUAACGUUGAGCGAGGCCGCAAUGGGGGAGACACACAUACUAUAAGUAGCAAAGAAAAGCAUUUACUCUCUAAGGUUAUGGUUGAUGAUGUUCCAUCUGAUACCAAGGAUGAAGAUGUAAUUCUGGAGACUUGGUUAUUUGAAAAUAGGCACAUCUUCCUUGGCCUCUGUCAGAAGAAUCAUUAUCAGUUUGACACGCUUCGCCAAGCCAAGCAUUCCUCUAUGAUGAUCCUGCAUCAUCUUCACAACCCAAUAAUGCCCACCGACAAGAUCACCUGCAACAUUUGCCUGCAGGAUACUUGUACUGGUGACAGUAAUGUUUGUGCCACAUGCUGUAAUAAGAAAUUCAGUUCUUCCCGUAUUCAUAGGUCAGCGUACAACCCUUCUGUACCUAAUGGUGAAAAUGAGGAUAAAUAUGCACAGCAGAAAAUUCUUAUGCUGAAGGAACUGCUAAAUGUUCUACAGCAUGCUGAUAAAUGCAAAGCAACCAGUAAUGAUCCUUGCCAUUACCCAAACUGCCAUCAAAUCAAAAGAUUGUUCCUCCAUGGAUCUAAGUGCACCAUCCGGCUCAGUGGAGGUUGUAAGAUCUGUCAAAAGUUGUGGUACAUACUGAGAUUGCAUUCUAAAACUUGCGAGCAAACAGAUUGCAGUAUACCUCGCUGCAGGGAUUUGAAGAACCAGAGAUUCCUAGGGAAACCGAACACACCAAGUAUAUAAGAUAAGAUCAGAAGGAUAGUCAACAGUUCACAAGAAGUGUACAGUUUGUCAGGGAAGAGAAUCAAUUGUACAGUUAGCUGAGUUUUGAAGUUAUGAAAUGCAAAGCAAAGUUUUGAUAGCCAAGUCAUAGAAGUAAUUUAGCUUUUCUUCUUUUUCGAGGAUGGGAAUCCUGGAGCUGAUAACUGAUAAGUAGAUAUGUUGAAAGUGAGAUUUACUGAUCGUAGUUUAUAGGCAAGUCUUUUAGGCUGAUUUAAGUUCUGAGCUUGAUGAUAAUAACACUCAUCUCGGGCCUCGGUUAACAUGUUUGAGGUGUAUAGCUGAACUAGUAUCUCACUUCUCCGCUAAUGUAUAAUCUUCUUAUUGUAUUUUAUAGAAAGUAGACCUACAUUCUACAAAGGAUAUAAGCUUGUUUCUAGUUUUUCUUUUCCCGGAAAACUCUAAUUGUAUAAUUUACUUUCUUACAGGACAAAGUGAAAAACAGUUUAAUCCCUGUCAA